AGUGUUUCAUAGUGUUAACGAUAGAUGUCGCAAAAUUAAACCGCUCUAACUUUUUAGGUUAUGUUACUUUUUAUUUAUUAUUUAUUUUCUACGUCAAGAAAUUGUGACAAUAAGGAUGGCGUUAUCUCACGAAAAGAAGGAACAAUUAGCAAAAGAAAUGUCUUUGAGGAAAGCUCAAGAUUGCCUUACGCUUAUAAGGUCAAGGAGCGAUGAAAGAAAUAAAUAUAGGAACUUAACCCGUUACAUGCAAAUUCAAAAGAGCCAGUUGGAAAGUGCUGAUAAAAUUGAGCAUGAGAAACAAGCUGUGGCGUUACAAUCAGCUUUGGUAGCAAAAAAAGAAAAAUUGGCUCAAGAAAUUGUUAAAAAGAAAAAUGAGGAGCUGAGUGAAAGCUUAUUGAGACAACAAAUAAGGCGAGAUUCGUAUGAGCUGCGCGAUUUAGAGAGAAAGCUUAAAGCUGCUUAUGUUAAUAAACAAUUAUUGACUCAAUUGGCUGAGAGAGAAUCCGAAAGACAAGCAAAGAAAUUCAAAGAUAAAGAGGUUAUGAUUGCUUUGGAAGCUGCAAGAAUGAAAAGUGAAGACUAUCAGAAGGUGCAACAAGAGAAAGAAAUGAAACAAAAAGCCAAAUACAAACAAGAAUUGCAAGAUCAAAUGAUUUUGGUGGAAAGAACCAAAAGGUUUCAAUACGAAGAGUUUUUGAGGGAAAAAAAGAAAAUUGAUGACAUUGUACAAAGAGCACAUGAUGAGGAUGAAAGGGAAUUGCAAGAAAAACAAUGCAGAAUACAAAGAACUCGAGAGGAAAUGAUGAAAUUUAAGGAAGCCCAAGAAUUAUGGAAACAAAAAGACCGAAUGCGUUUACAAGAAGAAGACAGAAAAUUAACCGAAUACGUCCAAGCCAAAGCAAGGGAACAACACAUCAAAGAAAUGAACAAAGCCCAUUCAGACAAACAAAACGAAGAAAGAAUGGAAAACAUCGCUCGCGAAAUGUACUUGAGACAACAAAGAGACAGCGAACGACAAACUUUCGUCGAAAUCCUCAAAGAAGAAGAAAUCUUAGCCGAAUACCGAGCAAAAGACCAAAGAGAAUUAGAAAAAAAAAUCAAAUUACGAGAAGAAACCAAACAAGUUCUCGACUACCAACUAAAAGAGCGCGAAGAUCGAAUCAAAAAAGAAGCGGAAGAAGACGCGAAAUACGUUGAACAACUCCUCGCGAAAAUGGCUGAGGAAAAUAGAUUAGAACAAAUGUCUGCUGGAAAAGCUCGCAUGAGAUUGUUACAACUCAAAAAGGACGCUGUCGAGCAAACGAAAGCGAGGCGACAAAUGUAUGCGGAAAAAAUGCAGGAGGAGAUUAGGAUUGAAGAGGAACGGGUUCGACAGGAAAAGAGGAAGCAACAAAUUAUUGACGAGGAACGGUUGAAAAUGUUGCAAGAACAUGCGAAAAAUGUGAUUGGGUUUCUUCAACCUGGAGUUUUGCAAGAAAAGGAUUUGGAGUAUUUGGAUUGUGAGGUUGUUGAGGAGUAUAGGAAGAAAGAGGGGUUGUAAUUUGAGGGAAUGAUUGAAAUUAAAAAUUACUCAGUUUUAAUAAAUGAAUGAUUGUAAUUUUA